AUUUUGGCGUGCAGAGGCCUCUCCUAUAUUCUCCUCCCCACCUCCUCCUUUGUCGAUUGCUGUUUCGCAUCGCUGUCCUUUCAAAGCGCAAAAGAUGGCUAAUGCAGCGUCGGGUAUGGCUGUCAAUGAUGAGUGCAAGCUGAAAUUUUUGGAACUCAAGGCAAAAAGGACUUAUCGCUUCAUAGUUUUCAAGAUUGAGGAAAAACAGAAGCAAGUUAUUGUGGAGAAGGUUGGAGAGCCAGCCCAAGGCUAUGAUGAUUUCACUGCCAGUCUUCCUGCCGAUGAGUGUCGAUAUGCUGUUUAUGAUUUUGAGUUUCUGACAGAAGGGAAUGUUCCCAAGAGCAGAAUUUUCUUCAUUGCAUGGUCCCCGGAUACAUCAAGGGUCAGAAGCAAGAUGAUUUACGCUAGCUCAAAGGACAGAUUCAAGAGAGAGCUGGAUGGAAUUCAAGUAGAGUUGCAAGCAACAGAUCCAACUGAGAUGGGUCUUGAUGUCUUUAAAAGUCGUGCCAACUAAUAUGCGUAUUAGACGCUGGGAUGGGGGUACCGCGUCCCUGAAGCUUUAGUUAUUUAAAUUGGAGUGCUUAUAGGUUGUCAGAGUCACAUGCUAAACUUGGCUCAUCAUGGAAUCAAAUUUUUGGCUUGGCGUUAUCAUUCACCUUCUGUGAAAUACGGGGUCCAUGUGUUUGAGUGGUAUUCAUGUCCUGUUAUUGUGUAACUUUGUGUGAUUAGACAAAAAAACUAGUUUCUCAUGUCUUCUGAAUAUUGAGACUGGCCAUAUUGUGGCAUGCUUUGAUUACUUUCGAUUUUUUGAUAUAUUGUUUUUAUUUUCAUAA